AGCAGAGCACGUGCGAGUUAAGGGAAAUCCGUUACUCUCGUCCCCGCAGCGCAGGGCUUCUAUAUAAAAAUUUUAGAUUACUCACACCUGCAUGCAAUACCUUGUUUCUAUUCGUAUCGAUGACAAACUAUGAAUGCUAAUGGCUCCUACAUUCUUGGGUAACCGCGCAGGUUAGCAGUGGGGUUUGGCUGAUCUGCGUGGGCUGAGUUAUUAACAUGGGAGAAGGAGUGGAGAUUUCCUCAAGUCUCCGAGAAAAGUGGGAUAGCCUAAAGAGCGAGAUAUCAUCGGAAGAAAUCAUGGAUAAAUGGUGGAAUAUCCUUCUGACACAUUAUGAAGACGAAUCUCGUCACUAUCACACCUUCACGCACAUUCAUCAUCUGUUCCAACUCAUGGAAGAGCAUGACGACAAGAUCAGCAAUAGAGAAGCAGUGUCCUUCGCUAUCUUCUUUCACGACAUCAUCUACAAUCCUCAAGCAGGUGACAAUGAGGAGCAAAGUGCUGACAAGUUCCAUCUGUUUGCAGAAGAGGCAGGUAUUGAAAAGGACUCUGCUCUGUACAAGCAAGUGACAGAGUUGAUCCGCUUAACUGCAACCCAUAUGACUGAGGAACACACAGCAGAGUGGACCUUUGGGACUGAGGAUAAGCAUUACUUUCUUGAUAUGGACAUGGCUGUUCUUGGAUCCUCCCCUGAAGAGUAUCUCAAGUAUGCUGCCAACAUAUGCAAAGAGUAUGCCUUCUUGCCACAGGAUGCAUACCAGAAACUUCGAGCCAAGGUCUUGAGGGUCUUCUUAAAGAUUCCAAACAUCUAUGCAACAAGAGAAUUCCGGAAGCGCUUUGAAAAGCAGGCAAGGAAGAACAUUGAAGCAGAAAUCGUGUCACUGGAAUCUUAAAUUUGAUCUAAAUCCCAAGAAUCUGAUUGCAUUUAUUUUUUAACACUUCCUUCUCAUGAUCUCUUAUGUUGUUUCUGUGAUUUAUUAUUUUUAGAGAUGAUGUUGCAGC